UCUCACUCAUCCAUCAUUAUACGCACAAACACACUCUCUCCUCUCCUCUCUCUCAUUCUAUUCUAUUCUAUUCUUUCAAUUUGUAAUUUCAAGAAGACUUACCUUGAAGUUGUUGCUGCUGUUGUUGCGGUUGUGAUGAAGAUUCCGCUUUUCUAUUUCCUUCUCAACGCCACUUAAAUUCAAUUCGAUCACGGCGUAUCGUAAUCAAUAAGAGAACCGAUAUUUUGUUCAUAGCUACAAAUAUCGGUUUUUGAGGUAAGAGAUGGUGGCAGAGUCGUGGCUCCGGGGUCUAUGGAAAUCGUCAAAAAAGCAUGAAAUUGGCCAAGAAAAGGUUCGGAUCGGAGUGUUGGCUUUUGAAGUAGCUAGUUUGCUAUCCAAGCUAGUUCAUCAAUGGAAUUCGCUUAACGAUAAACAAGUUGCCAAGUUAAGGGACGAGAUUAGUAACUCAGUAGGUAUUAAAAAGCUUGUUUCGGAUGAUGAUGGUUAUAUAGUUGACUUAAUUUGUGCUGAAAUGUUGCAUACUUUGGAAAAUGUUGCGAGAGUUGUGACUCGGCUUGCUAAAAAAUGCAGUGAACCCCUUUUGAAAUGCUUUGAGCGUGCAUUCGACGAUUUGGUUAAAACCGGGGUUGAUCAGUAUCAAUGGCAGAUGAGUAGGAAAAAGAUGAACAAGAAAAUUAAAAAGAUGGAAAAGUUUAUUUACAUCAAUGCAAGUUUGUAUCAAGAAAUGGAAACGCUUUCGGAACUUGAACAAAUUUUGAGGAGGAUGAAGAGCAAUGAGGAACAAGAUAGCAUAAUUUUAGUUGAAUAUACGAAGAAGCUUUCGUGGCGGCAGCAAGAAGUUAAACGAUUAAAAGAGAUGUCGUUGUGGAACAAGAGUCAUGAUUACGUGGUUUACCUUCUUGCAAGGUCCAUUUUCACUAUUUUUAGUAGAAUUGGACAUGUAUUUGGGAUUAACCAUGUGUUGCCUCUUGCAGCUGAUCACUCUGAUUCGUUAGAUUCUGAUCAUAUGAAUCGAAAUCAAUCUGUAUCUUCAUUGCUUCACUCUUCCAUUCAUCCCUCAGAGUAUAAGAUUGGAAGGUUUUCAUCUGGGCCUUUGGGAGACAAGAUUUCUAGAUCGGGUCCGAUUUCAAGAACUCAUAAUGUAAAUACUUUCCAUUCAGGCCCACUUGGUAGUUCAAUCCCUUAUUCUGGUAAAAAUCGAAACAUCACUUACUCUGGCCCUAUUGGGAGGUCGACACCAAAGUCAUCUUCAAAGUCAGGUCCUAUAGCUCGUGUGACAAAAACCGGGCUGAAGUUAUGGCAGGGAAAGAGUGCUACGCCAAAUCGUUUGAGCACCACUGGACCUUUUAAAGGAUGCAUGGUCGGUGGGAACGGUUCUCCUGUCAUGCAUUGUCAUGUAAGUUCAAAUGCUACUUGUUCUGCAACUCCACAAAGAAUUGAUGAAGAAUCGGAUGUUGAGGUUUGCUCCAAACAGAAAAUCUUUGAUGCCCCUCUAGAUACUCUCGGUGCUUCUGCUCUAGCAUUACAUUAUGCUAAUGUUAUUAUUGUACUUGAGAAACUUGUGGCAUCUCCUCACUUAAUUGGUCAUGAUGCUAGAGAUGAUUUAUACAAUAUGUUACCAAAGAAUGUUAAAAGUGCUCUUAGAGGGAGAUUAAAACCGUAUGCAAAAAGCUUGGCUUCAUCAGAUUAUGAUACAGGUUUGGCAGAAGAAUGGAAUGAGGCUAUAUCAGCGACUUUAGAAUGGUUAUCACCACUCGCUCAUAAUAUGAUAAGAUGGCAAUCCGAGAGGAGUUUUGAGCAACAAAAUUUGCUUUCCAAGACGAAUGUGCUUCUUGUACAAACUUUGCAUUAUGCAAAUCAAGAAAAGACUGAAGCUACUAUAAUAGAACUGCUUGUUGGUCUUAAUUAUAUAUGGCGGUUUGGUAGAGAACUCAAUGCAAAAGCUAUGUUGGAGUGUGAAAGUGGUGGAGUAAUUGUUGAUACUAAUAAUGAUUCGGUAAAUUUGGUGAAUUAAUUAGCAGCAUGGUCAGCUUAUUGGCAAUGACAAUCGGUCUCUUUCCUAAAGGCACAGAGACCCGUUUCAUGAGCCGUUUGCAAGUAGAUUCUCAAGAACCAUGAUCAAACGGUUCAAACCAUGUGGUUAAUACUUAAAAGGUAAUGUUCAACGAUUCUAUAAAUACUUGUUUUCUAAAAGGGCAGUGUUGAUGACUGUUGACCUUUUGGCAUAGAAUUGAUAUAUGGGUAUUUGCUUGUCAGGUGAGUUUCUUAUUGUAGAUGUAUAGAUAAAUAUGAAAUCACAUUUUUAAGAAUGUGGAUUUCACCCUAUAAGAGUUUUUACUUGUGAAAUAUAAGAUGUUUGAAGUUGAGCAA